AUUAAAUGUUACUCACACUCAAAUAUUUGAAUAAGGUAAAACAAAUAAAUUUAGAUAAACGAGUAAAUGUACAAUCUUUACAGAUACUUUUGGUUUAAUUAUUUGGUAUCAAAACCAGAAUAAUAGGAUUAAUUGAUUAGGACGGUAAAUGUAAUUGUUAAUUUUCAAGGUAACUAUUAUGAUUUAUCAUAAUUUAUUUAAUAAUUGUAUUAUACGAGAUGUAAUGUGUAUACUAUUGUAAGUGAAGAAAAUUAAAAUUAAAAUGAAAGCAAAUUAUUAUAAACAUCUUUAAAAUAUAGUUAGAUGUCAGAUUACAACAACAAAUUAUCAUUUAUUGAUUUUAUAUAUGAUUUGGAGGAAUUCUAAUAAAUUUUAGGUGGAGAUUAAUACACUUGUAUUUACUUGAUUGAUGAAAAAGAUUAUUAAGGACUAGAUUUUUUAUGUGCACUAGAACCCUUAAUCAAUAAUUUUAAUAAUUGGGUCAACUUUUACUAUUCAUUUAGUAAUAGAUUAUAAGAUUAAGUAAGGGAAAAUGAUUUUUAUCAUAAAUUAUUAUGGAUAUAUAAAGGAUCUAAAAAGAUAGUUUCUAUUUAAUUAAAUAAUGAUAAAAAGAUGAGAUAAAUGGAUGACAUUAUUCAUAAAUUAGUUUAAGCCAAAUUAUAAGGUACAAGUACAAGAACAUCAAAUAUUAAAUAACAAUCUUAAAUCUCUUCUUAACAAUCUCCUGAUAAAAGAAGAAGCAAAUCUAUAAGAAAAUUAGUGGAGGAAUCUUAAAUAUCUAACAAUUCUUUGUAUUUAAAUUAAAAUGUUGGAGCUUCUAAAUUAAUAACUAGAGUUUAAGCAAAACUUAUACAAAGAGCACCAUCUAGAAGUAGUGAAAAUUUUGAAGAUUAUAGAUAUUAAUAAUAAAAUUAAUCAUCAUAAUAAUAAUAAAGUAAUGUAAAUCAAAAUGAAUCUAUUAUAAGUUAAUAAGAUUUAUUAUUUGGUGUUGUUGGUGAUCUAGAAGAAAAGGAAAUAUUAGAUGUUACUAUGGCUAGAUUAGUAAAACGUUUAUUAAUAGAAGAAAAUAAAGAAAUUAUUCAAGUCUUAUAAUAUUAUUUAUAAAAUAAUAUUAACAUCUAAUAAUUAUGUGAAAAAUUGAAUAAAAUUGUUGAAAAUUGCACUUAUUAAGAAAGACCAACAUCUCCUUUCUAAAAUAUCAAGCAAGCCAAACGAUCUAAACCAUAAUAAUAAAUCAAUAAUAAUUCAUAAGAUUCUAAUAGAUCUAUAUAAUAAGAUUCUUCUUAAAAUAAUUAGACAUAAAGAUUAGAAGAUAUUAAAAAUAAAGUUAUUGAAAGAAAUAAUUACAGUUAUACUUCUGAAUAAUUUGGAAUGAUUAAUGUAUUAUGGAAUUAAAAAGAUUAAGUAUUAUUACAAUUAUGUACAGAUAUUUAUAAUAAAAUACAAAGAGGAGAAUAACAUUCUCUUAAACCAUUACAAAUUUAUUCAGAUUCUAAAUUUAAUGAAUUAUUAUAGUCUAAUUUUAAAUUAUCUGAAAUUACUAUGAUUCAUGAGUACAAAAAUAAACAUUCAGGAUCUAUAUAUGCUGUUUUGCAAUAUUUUAGAUACUAAAGUAAUAUAGAAUUAUUUAUAAAUGAUCUAAAAAAAGCUAUCAAUUCUAUUAAUAGCUAAAAUUUAAAUCUUAACUAACCUGAAAAAUAGUAAACUUAAGUUUCUAAAGAAAUCAUGUUAUUUAAAUAAUUUCCUAAAGCACCAUCCCCUUACAGUGUUUUAAUGCCAAAUUUUUAAUUAUAAGACAAUGUAUUAACAUAAGCACCUUAAUCAUAAACACACUUAUCAAAAUAAUUAGAAGAGUAAUAAUAAUAACAAUAAUAAUAAUAGUAAUAAUAAUAACAAUAAUAACAAUAAUAAUAAUAUAAAAAAUAAAAUGAAAACUAAAUAAUACAUAUGCAUCAAACAUAGCCUAUUCCAUAACAAAAAGAAAAAAAAAUAGAAGAUCAAUAAGCAAUUUAAGGGUCAGUCUAAGAAAUUUAAUAACCAAUCUUUUAGAAAAGUGAUAUGAUGAGUAGAUCUGAGUAAAUUUCUGCUUAAAAAAGAAUAAGUCAAUCAAAAGUUGCUGCUAAAGAUAUUAUUUUUAAUGAAGAAAAUUUUAUGUAAACCAAAAAGGAAAAAAGGUAAGCAAAUUAACAAAAAAUUGACUAAUUUUAUUCAAUUUAAGCUGAAAAAGAAUUAGAAUAAGUAUUUAAAGAUAUGUUGUGGGAUAUGGAUUUAGAUGAACCAAAAGUUAGUCAACUUGAAUUGUUGUUUUCAGAAUAUAAUUAACAACUUUAUGAGAUUGUGCAAGGUUGGUAAACUUCAAGAAAUAUUAACGUGACCAGAACAAAAUUAUUGUAAUUUUAAAUUAUAUGAAUAGGAAAUUAUUAUGUGAAUAAUAAAUUAAAAAAGAAGAUUACAGAAAAAUAAAGAUGUAUAAUUUAUUUAUGAAUUAAGUGAGAUAAUUUACAUUAUAAAAUCAUCUUUAAGACAAUGAAAAAAACUUUUUAUUAAAAAUGUUUAUGGAUAAUGAUUUAUAAGUCUUAGGAACUUUUGAAACAUAUUUAUAAAAUUAGGACGCAGAAGAUAUGUUAGAAAAUUUAAAAUUGAUAAUAAAACAAUAUUCUAAAUUCACAAAUGUAAAUAAUAAUAAUUAUAAAAGAUAAAUUCUCCAAAUACGGAUCUGGAUUAAUAACCCAUAAUAGAACCUUAAAAGAAUUAAUUAACUGCAAAAGAGAUAUUAUUAUAAAUAAGAAAAUAUUUUUCAGCAGAAGAGAAAAAUAGAUUAGAGAAUAUGCCUAAUGAAUAAAGAGAUAUGAAGAUAGUUGAAUUAUUUUAGGAAUAUUAAUAAGAUUAAGAUUUAAAUGGAUUUAUUUCAGCAGUAAAGAAAUUAAGUCAAUAAGAUCAAAUAAAAAAAUAGUUUGAAGAUUUAUUAAAAAAGUUGUAAAAAGAAGGAUAAUUGAAAAUAGAUGAUUUUAUGUUAUCUGUAAUAAAUUAGAGAAGAAAUGAAUAAAGAAUAAAAGGAGUUUUUGAAUUAUAUCUAUUUAACAAAAAUAUUGAAGAUUUUGUAGAAAAUAUAAAAAGUAUAUCUAAACUAUUGUAAUAAGGUAUAAGAUUAACAAUAAUAAUAUAGAAUUGAUUCUUUAGACCUUGAAUUAAUUUGAGAGAGAAAAGGAAUUGGAUGAGAAAAAAAUAUAAAUUUUAAAAGAGAUAGCACAUGAUUAUCAUAAAGAUUAUGUAAAAUUAUUGGGAGCCUUUUCAUUAUAUUUUGAAUAAGCUUAGACAGAUUAAGAGGAAGCUAAGAAAGAGAUAUUAGAAACUUUGAAUUUAUUCAACUGAUAAAAUGAACAAAAUAUCAUGUUUAUUAUAAAUGAGAG